AUGCUACUCGGGCGGUAUUGGUUAAUCUGGGCAGUGAUGGUUGCGAUGCUUAUUGAUAUCCUCUUUGGUAGUGAUAUUUCUUUCACGUUACUAGAAACCAUCACCGACAACAAUCAAGUGAACAACAUGAACGAGCAGAUAAUGUCCGACCACAUCGCAAAUGUCUUUGCUACCAUCAACCACGUCGAUAUUGUCAGUAGCUCGGAUUAUCGAGACGUGGUGCAAAAUGUGCCGCAAGAUCGUACCGUGCGAUGGCUCGAUGCUCCACCAACGGCUCUUUGCAGCAACGUACCACAGGCAGUCAGCCAGGAUGACCCAGAGUGUGUCGGCGAUGAAGAUGAGGCUGAGAGGCGCAGCGAAAACUUUACAUACUAUCAACAGCAAUGGGACCAGAACAGUGGUGGAGGUUACAUAAUCUAUGAUGAAUUGUCUGAAAUAGGCAAGUACGAGUGCUUGUUCGGUCCGGCUGGAACGUAUCUGUUGGUAGACGAUCCUUCCCGCUCAACUGCUCCAAUUGAACGUGUUCAGAUGGAACACACACUCCAACAGAUCUGGACGACGCGCGGAACCUUUCGAGUGUAUGUGUGGGUGCAGGAUACGCUGUUCGGGUACGAUCCGUUUCAACUGUCCGAUAUGACGAUUUCCUCGUACGGGGUGCUUGUUGAGAUUAGUGCCGAUUCCAUACUUCCCACUGUGCCACCGAAUGACUUUGCUGGGUAUCCCGUACGUGUGGAGGUGUUCCGCUCGGUAUAUAGCAAUCCUGUGGCGGGCAGCUCAAAAUCUGGCACCAUCACCUACACCGGGGCGGAUGUGACGGCACGCGAUGUCUUUUGUCGGAUGUUGAACGCUACGGUGAUCCAAGUUCCGGCGGAUAAGGAUCUGUUCGGUGAUCGACUGCCGAACGGGAGCUUUUCUGGCGCCAUCGGGCGUCUCGUACGGCGUGAGGUAGACAUCGUGUUUACCGGGUUCUUCAUCAAGGAUUACACGACGCGCGAAAUCGAUUUUACUGCCGGGCUGUACUCGGACGCGGUUUGCUGUCUGGUGAAGAAGGCAAGCCGCAUCCCGGAAGCGCUACUGCCGCUGUACAUUUUCCCGGGCGAUAUCUGGGCGUUGCUGUGCGUGCUUGGGCUGUGCUGUGCCUGCGUUUGGUGCGUGUUGCGUUGGUGCGUACGGCAACUACAGCCGGUCAGCUUGUGGUCCCGACGCCAUCGGCUUGCGGUACUGUUUAAUCUUUCGCGCAGCAUCAGGUUAGCGGGCGUGGUCCGUCAAACGCUCCAGCUGUACAUAGACACAUUCAUCUUGCUGGUGAGCGCACCAUACCAAAGGUUUACACGGUCCGGCGUGGAACGCAUGUUUCUUACCGGUUUGCUGCUGGUUAGUCUGAUCUUUGUGUCCCUGUACCAGUCCGGGCUGGCGGCCGUGUUUGUCAAUCCGCUGUACUAUCCUGAUAUCGGUACGCUACAGCAGCUGGACGAGAGCGGUAUGGCGAUACCAGUCAAGUAUCGGGGAUUCAUCGAUGACGUGUUUGCGGUGAACUACAGUCGGCUGAUGGAUUCGCUCCGCGCACGGAUGCAGCAUCUGCCGCUGAAGGAAUCGAUGCUGGCACGCGUUGCACGGCUCGGGAACAUUGCUACCGUUACGCGCAAAACGACACUGGCGCUGGACAAUGCGAUCUACAUGACGACGCGCCAGCUGCACAUGAUACCGGAGUGCCCGCGGACGUACAAUCUCGCGUACGUGAUGCCGCACCGGUCGGUGUUUGGGGAACAGUUUAACAAGGUACUGUUGAGGAUGAUUGGUGGCGGGCUGGUUGACCAUUGGAUCGACGAGGCACGGUACGGGUGGACGCUGAAGGAUUGGCGCGUGGUGCAGGGCAUGAUGGAGUCUAGCUUUAAGGUGCUCACCGUACAGGAUAUGCAGUUUGCGUUUUAUGUGCUGAUGAUCGGGCUCACCGUUAGUGCUGGUGUGAUCGGUGCAGAGGUGAUGCACUACCGCCGAGCUCAUCAGCGGGCUACUGUGGAGGAUAUAGUGAAGCGGUUCCGCGGAACUAUUUGA